CCUGGCGGACUCUAGCGUCACGUUCAGAAGUUGCCACGAAUGCACAGCUGCACGAUGUGGAAGUUACUGAGCUGCUCUCUCUGCCUCUUUGUCUCGUCACAGUUCGGGAUCUGUUCUGUUUGGACCUCAGGCAGCGACCCGGACGGUGAGGUGAAGGUUGAAGUUGUGUUCAAGCCUGAGGAGUGCGUCAAGAAGAGCAAGAAAGGAGAUCUGGUUAAUGCUCACUACGAUGGGUUCCUGGCCAAGGAUGGGUCCCAGUUUUACUGCAGUCGGACGGACAAAGAUGGCCACCCUCAGUGGUUUGUGUUGGGUGUUGGACAAGUCCUCAAAGGCCUCGACGUUGGGAUGAUGGGCAUGUGUGCUGGGGAGAAGAGGAAGGUCACGAUCCCAUCAGCGCUGGCAUUUGGCGAAAAGGGCAAAGGUCCAGUACCACCAAAUGCUACCGUGGUGUUUGAGGUGGAAGUUCUGUCUGUGUCUCGUGGACCUCGCAGCAUGGAGGCCUUCGGACAAAUAGACCAGGAUAAAGACAGAAGUCUCUCUAAAGCAGAGGUAAAACAUCGCCUGAAACUGGACUACGAGAAGGACGGGAAGCCGCGUGACGAUCCGUUCUACGAGAAGAUCAUCAAUGACAUUUUCCGCAAGAGUGACCACGACAGAGACGGGCUGAUCAGUGCAAAGGAGUAUAAUAUCUAUGAGCACGAUGAGCUUUAGUGAAACGUUUGUGCUUUCUCCAAUAAUUCAUAUAGAAAGUAAAAGAAAUAAAAAUCCUCUAGUUUCAAACUUUG